AGGAUCCAGGCUGGUUUUUCCCGGCGUCUUGGGCUGGGAUCGGGCAGUCCCAGAUGCAGGGGAGACCCAGCUUUGGAGGGGCUUCCAGAGACCCGCCUCCCUUUGCUUCCAGAGACGAGGAGGAGGAGGAAGAGGCAGGCCGGAGCUGGGCGUCGAGGAGGGCGCUUCAGGACGCGGAGGCGGAGAGAGAAAGAGAGAGAGAGAAAGAGAGGUAGAUAGAUAAGACACACAGAGAGAGCGCUGUCCAGUCCUGACCGGAGUGAGACCUUCGGAGGGAGAGCCACGAAGACUAGAGCCCUCCUCGGGUGCCUUCUCCCUCCACAGCCUUUCCUUCCUUCCUCGCCCACCCGACGCCGUGAAAAACCCCGCGAAGGAUCGUACUAUAGACCCAGACUUGUUUUUGGCAUAUUGAGGAGGAAAAACGGAUACCUCACACUAGACACCUUGGGAAGCACUGGCAUAUUUAGCAAACUCACAAAUCCCAAUUCAGUCAGAAGCUAUGUUAGGAAGUCAAGCCGUUCUCCUCGCUGAGGUCAUGUUGCUUCUUAUUUAAGGAUAAUUGCACCUUCUCCGCCUGAUUAUGGACAAAUUGAAGGAGUUAAAUUCACAGAGCUGUCCAAGACACGCAUCCAUUUCUAACGCGGAGCCCUCUCUCCUGAUCGUUGAAAUUCUCAUCCAAAAAGUCUGGUUUUCAAUAAAGGCUUCAAGUUAAAAGAAACUUCCAGCAUGACGCAGUACAACUUGUCUGCAAACUUGGCUUUCAAGGACUUGUCCAACAAGUCUCUCAAUGCCAGCCGCAUGCCGGAGGAUUGGGACGAGGGGAAAUUAGGCUUAAAGAUUUCUCUUGCUAUUGUCUUGGCUGCGAUCACGCUGGCGACAAUGCUUUUCAACGUCUUUGUUAUCAUCACGAUUAUACUUACCAGAAAACUCCACACUCCUGCAAAUUACCUCAUUGGCUCCUUGGCUGCCACAGACCUAUUAGUGUCUAUCCUUGUUAUGCCAAUCAGUAUUGCUUACACCGUCAGCCACAUCUGGACUUUUGGGCAGAUCAUGUGUGACAUCUGGCUGUCCUCGGACAUCACCUGUUGCACGGCCUCCAUUCUGCACCUUUGUGUUAUCGCCUUGGACAGGUAUUGGGCCAUCACGGAUGCCUUGGAAUAUACCAAGCGCCGGACGGCUGGUAGAGCCGCUCUAAUGAUUGCCAUUGUUUGGGUUAUCUCCAUUUGUAUCUCCAUGCCACCCCUUUUCUGGAGGCAAGCCAAAGCUCACGAAAUACUGACCGAGUGCCAAGUGAACACAGACGAAAUCUCCUACACCAUCUACUCUACCUGCGGAGCCUUCUACAUCCCAACGGUGUUGCUUCUGAUCUUGUAUGGCAGGAUUUACAUGGCUGCUCGGUCUCGAAUUCUGAAGCCGCCACCUCUGUACGGCAAGCGGUUCACCACGGCCCAACUCAUUGCCGGCUCAGCGGGCUCUUCACUUUGUUCCCUUAGCUCCAACCUUCACGAGGGGCAUUCUAAUUCCAGCAGCUCAUCCAUGUUUAUCAACCACGUCGCAAUCAAAGUUGCCAAUAACAUCCUAGAGAGGAAACGGAUUUCCGCCGCCCGGGAGAGGAAGGCCACGAAAACUCUGGGGAUUAUUUUAGGGGCAUUCAUUUUCUGCUGGCUGCCCUUCUUUGUGAUGGCUUUGGUGCUGCCUAUCUGCCAGGAUGCCUGUUCGGCCCCGCCUGAACUAUUUGACUUUUUCACAUGGUUAGGCUACCUGAACUCCCUCAUCAACCCCGUGAUCUAUACAGCUUUCAAUGAAGAAUUCAAACAAGCUUUUCAGAAAAUGAUACAAUUUAAGAAAUGCUCCUAGCUGUCUGGCUUUUAACUAAAUUACCAAUUUAUCACUUUUCCCGCCACCUGUAUAUGUAGUUUCUACAUUUGGUUAGACAUUUGCCUCCCUUUAGCAAACCCGCAUUGAUUUUGUUUUAUGUAUUUAUACAUGCAGUUGCUCAUCUUGUUGGUAAUAAUCGCUGUUAGUAUUUUGGCAUCUUAAUUGAUUAAUGAUAUUGGUCUAUAAGAACCAAGGUCUGUCAAAGCUUUCUUUGGUUUGGGUAAUAAUAUCGUUAAUUAUUGCUUUCAUGAUCCCUGUAUUUGUUCUCCAUCCAUUGUUGCAUUAAAUAAUUCUAAUGAU